AUGUCUAAUGCGGUUAUGCGGUUGACUGCCGAACAAAGAGAAUGUGUUAACUUUCCGCUCAGCCAACAGGUUCUAAUUGUUAAUGCUGGGCCAGGCACCGGAAAAACCGAAAUUAUUAAGGAGCGGAUGAGAUUUAUUGUGGAACAAAAUCUUAAUCAACGGCAACUCAUUUUGGUUCUAACUUUUAAUAGAAACAUUUCGGUAGAUAUUUGGCGAAAACUGAAAUUAAUCAUUAGUAAGAAUGCAGCUUUUCUUCAAAAAAACAGCCAAUUCUCGAAAAGAAAUAAUUUUCUGCCUUGUCAAAUAAUGAACCGCACUUUCCACUCUUUGUGUCAUUUGAUUUUCAGUGAAGAACAGGAAAAAAUUUCUGGUAAAGAGAGUUUUGAAAUUUUUUUUGAAGAAGGAACUAAAGAAUAUUUUUUCCCUUUAUUAACUGAUUUUGCCACUAAUUUUGUCGAACACACUAAGGAUAAAAAGCAAAGUUAUUCAGGAAAGCUGACUAAUGGAUUAAGAUUUAGAAUUUUGAAUAAUCUCUGCAAGUAUGUUUUAAACAAGAAAAGUAACGAUGUUAGCGUGGAGUUAAGGAAAAAAUUAAUAAUUGAGAGGGUUUUAGAAGAAUCUGGUCGUCUCGACUUGUAUGAACCAAUCAAAGAGUUUUUUAUUAGUGAUCAAAGAAAAAAAUUUUGGUUAUUUUUUGACGACAUGGUUAAAAACAUAACUAUUUUUUUGGAAAAAGAUGAGGAACUAAAAAAAAGUUGGCAAGUUUUUGAUCAUAUUCUAGUUGACGAAAGUCAAGACUUGGAUGAGUUUCAACUACGAAUGAUAAAAUUGCUUUGUUUGCCUCACACCACUCUGACCUUUGUGGGUGAUCCUAAACAAACUAUUUACGAAUUUCGGGGGGCAAAAAGUGGCAUCUUUGAAGCCAUUAAAAACCUUUUUCCAAAUAAUAUCCAAAAAAAUGUCACAGAGAGUUUUCGUUCUCACCAAGAAAUUGUUGCGGUAGCUAAUAAUUUUUCUCAGAAUCAAAAACAAAUAGAUUUUGUGGUAGAACAAAUCGACCAAAUUCGAGAACCAGUGAGAAAAGCCAUUCUUUAUCGAAAUAAUGAUUCGGGCAAGCAAAUAGCCGAUGAACUAAGAAAUAAAAGCAUUAAUUUUAUACACCUUAGGAACAAAGAUGAUGAGGGAGUAGAAAUAAUAAGAAAAUUAAAAUUUUUGAAAGCAGAGGAAAAAGCGGGUGAAUUUGUUAGCGUGAAAGAUUUACUGGAAAAAUUAAAUGUUUCUUUAAUUGAUCCGGAUAUGGGGGAUAAACUUACUCCCCUCCAAGUAAGGAGAUUUGUGUGGGAUCUAGAAGAACUUGUUUUCCGCAGUUUUCUAGUUAACAAUUCGGAGGAUAAAAUAGGAAAAAUUAUCCUUUCUACCAUUCACGGAAGCAAAGGUUUGGAAUUUGACCAUGUUUUCUUAGUAGAUGUUAACGAAGAAAUUUUGCCUAGAAAAAAUACUAAAAAUGCGGAAGAAGAACUCGAAGAAGCCAGAAUUUUUUAUGUCGGAGUAACCCGAGCCAAAAAAAAGUUAUAUCUUUGUUCUUCUGAUCGCGAAAAAAUUUCUCAGUUUCUCCUCAAAAUUGACCCGAAACUGGUAGAAAUUAGGGCUAGUAAGGUUGAUUUUUUAAAAGCCACUUCUUCGCUUUCUGCUCAAAAAAGAGAAGAAAAAAUUGGUGAAGAAGGAGAAGAAAAGGUUUAUGACUUAUUAGUAGAAAGUCAAAUUCCUUUCUUAAAAUUGAAUAUUUUAAAACGUGUUCAAGAAGAGCCUCAGAAUACUAAAUCUCAUGUUUAUCAAGCCUUACAAGCCGUUGAAGAAGUCAAAAUGGAAAAAGUUUCCUUACAAGAUUUAACUUGUAAAGAACAUUUUAGGAACCAAGAUCUAACCGAUCACGAUUUACACGUCUAUCAGUUUUUUUUACAUCGUUUUGCUGCGGCGGGAGGAAAAAGCGGCGGAGAGUUUUACACACCCCUUCGAAUGCUUGUGCAAAGCAAAGCAUUUAUUCAAGACAUUAAAAAGAAUGGUGGGGAAAUAUUUUGUUUGGGCCAGGAGAGAAUUCCCGACACUCUCCGCUUAGCCAAGAGACAACUAAUCCUCGAAGGCAUUACUAGUUUUCGUUUAGAACAAGGGGACACUUUGUUUGAAGAUAAGUUUCCGGACCAGCAAGCCGAUUUCAUUUUAGCCAAUCCUCCUUUUAAUCAGGCUCACAAUGGAAUGACCGAAGGAGAUAUUCGUUGGCAGAAAUACGGAUUUUUAAUUAUGGCUAAUAUUACUUUGUCUAGUUUAAAUAGGAGAGAUGUAGAAAUGCGGCAAAAAUGGCUAAAUGAUAAUUUAGUAGAGGCCAUUAUUACUCUACCAAACAAACUUUUUUACACUACUUCUAUUGCUCCUUGUCGUGAGACUGGUAAGGUGUUAAUGAUUGAUGUAUCCCAAGAUGAUUUUGGAGAAAAAACAAGUAGCAAAGAACGAAAACUAAACGAAGAAGAUAUUAAAAGAAUUAGCGAAGUUUAUCGCACUUUUUGGAAAAGUGGCGAAUUGAAAAAAAAUAAUAUUCCGGCUGUUAUAGUUUCUCGGGAAGAAAUUGAAAAAAAUAACUUCGUUUUAGCCCCCAGUCGUUAUUUACCAGACGAGCAAGAAAAAUUAACUCCGGAAGAAAUUGAUAAGCAAUUGCUGGAAACUACUGCCGAACUAGAAGCAUUAAUCAAAGAACAAGAUAAAUACCACCGAGAAUUAAAAAAUUUACUGGCGGAAAUAAAGAAGGAAUUAAAAAAUGACUAA